AUGCAAGAAACAAUUAACGCUAGCCUUAAUAAUAAAAUCAAUGACUUUAGCUCAUGCCAACACAUCAAAAGAUAUUUGGAUUCUGACGGAUGGUGCAAAAAAUGUGCACUAAAAAAUAAUAAAUGGACAAGUGGAAAUGUCCAUAUUGAUAAAUUUAUAAAGAAAACUCAAAAGAAAUCUAGUAAAUGGACCGAUAAUUUCUUGGAAUGGAUUCCAUUCGAAAACUUUGAAGCUAAAAGCUUAAAGAAAAUUGGCAGUGGAUGUUUUUCCAACAUUUAUCGUGCCACUUGGUUGGACGGUAAAAGAGUCAAAUCUGCAAAUAAAACUGUUUGUGCCCGAUCUUCUCCAAUCACCGUUGUUCUAAAAAGUAUUAAAAAUUCUGCAAAUAUGUCUGAAAAAUAUGUCAAAGAGUUGGAGAAAUAUUACAAAUGCACGUUGGUGAAAUCCAAAAAAUGUUCAAGUCAUUUUGUGGAAAUCUACGGAAUAACAUAUGACGUUAAAGCCGACGAAUACAUAUUAGUAACCCAAUAUUCCGAAUUUGGUAAUCUUAGAGACUUUAUCAAAGAAAACAAGUUCAGUAAUAUUAGUUGGUCACAAAAACUUUGGUGGUUGUGCGACAUCACUUCAACUCUUGCCACCAUUCACAAAGAAGGUCUGUUUCAUGGAAAUUUACAUCCUGGCAAUAUUUUACAAAUCGGUGAUGACGUUAGAGAAACUCGAUCCACCCUUGUUGAUAUUGGAUUAUCAAUGCCUGCCAAUGAUAAUUUCGCUGAUUAUAACGAAGCCCUUGAUAAUAACGACGAUGAAGUGAGACCACCUGCCAAAUUAUUAUUAUAUGUAUUUAAUGAUUGGUGGCAAGCAGCUGAAAAAGCAGAAAAUUACGAAAUAGGUCGUCAAUUCAAAAGUUCAAACGAAUUUAUCAAGAAUAUGGAUGAUUUCAAGGUGGAACUUGAACCCCAAGCCAUUUAUUCCAGCAGACAAUUUGAUUUCACUGAUUAUAAUAAUAUUAUUAUUACUAAUUAUGUUGAUGUGAAAUAUGAUAAUGCCAGAGAUAGUAGCAGUAGUGAUGUUAGGAGUAGAAGCGACAGCACAAGCAGCAAAAUAAAAGAAAAUAUGAACUACAAAAAUGUUUUUGUCAUAUUGCUUACAUUUCUAUCCAUGCUGGUUGAAUCUAAACCACAACAAGAAUCCAAAAAAACAAAUACAUUUACCAACUUCGCCACCACAACCAACAACACCAUCGUCACUGAUACCGCUUCAGAUGCUGGCCCUACGAUGAAACUAUCAGAUAGACAAUUACUUGUGUUGCUUGGGAUGACUAUUGUAUCAUUGAACGGAUUGUGUGCAAGUUACGUUAUUAUUAGAACCCUGAAACGCUGGUGUGCUACUCGCACUUCUUUGCCAAUGGCUUUAAGGGUUCCUUUCUAUAUCACUAUGUCAGAACCAUGGCCAGAAAAUCCACAAUGUAAAAUAAUAGGCGGCCUAACUUUCUUCUUUGUAGCUUGCCAUAUGUUACUGGUGGAAUUAUUGGCACUGUUCACCUAUUUAAGAGUUUGUCGUGUUAUGGAUCCGGAAAAUAUUGGUAAAUAUCUAAAUAGCGAUGGUGUCGACGAUGUGAUAUUGUCAAUCAUUACCAGAAAGAUUGCAACUUAUGUUCUAAUCUUUAUAGUACAAUGGUCACCUUCAAGUGUUUAUGUGUUUGGUCAAAUCGUUGGUUAUGCACAUAUUUGGGUUUAUUUUGUAACAGAAAUGACGAUAAACUUGGGUGGUAUCCUCAACAUGAUACACAACAACGGCGAGAUUAACAAAUAUAAUAACUUAAACUCUGGCUCAGAUUCAGAUUCAAAUUCUUUAAUCACUGCCAAUUUAAGACAUGAUGGUGAUGCAGACAGAGGUAAAGAUUUUGUUGUCGUGGAUCUUAACGGCAACAAGAAUGAGAAGAUGGAAGAGAAUUUAGAUAAUGAUAAAGAAAGUUACUUGUCAUUUGAAUUUGAAAAUGCUUCAUCUUGCAGUGUUGGACUUAUAAUACAUCUAGAAUGA